CUCGGCUGUGAUGAGGUCCGGGCGGUCGGAGUUGGAGAAGUAGCGGAUUUAAAAACUUUCUGUUUGUAAGUCCUGUCCGUGGUUAAAGCGGCGCACAGAGACUUGUUGAGUUGUUAAAGCCUGAUAAAAAUGUGUGUUUGACGGACACACACUUCCUGUCGGCUCUGAGCUUCAGUGUUUGGGUCCUGCUGACUUCAGGAAACUAUGGGGUUUCCAGGUGUUCCUGCGUUCAGCCGGCGCACGCUUUGUGCUUUUGGACGUUUUAAUGGAGGCAGGCGACACGACGGCGGCAUCGAUCCUUCGCAGGAGAAUUCCUCUCGUUUCCACAGGCGAGCUCAGCGCUCCCCCUUCCCCACGGGCUAGCCGCAGCCAAUCACGGCCCGGCGCGGGGGCGGGGCCAGCAGAGAGGCAGCGCUUAAUUGGUGAUGGUCACUCUGAUUGGAUGACGGAAAAAGUUGAUUUGUCUUCAUUUGUGUCAACGAGCGAGUCCUCUCCCAGCUCCUCUCUCCCACCCUCACCGUUAGAACAGGAUGUCAAGGUGCCCUCGGACCUGGAGGUGAUGACCUCCCUGCUGCAGGAGGAGCUGGCUCAGCUGGAGGACUACUUCCGCUCCGAGUCCACGUCCACCGCAAACAAGUUGGACAAAUCCUCAAAAUGUGACAAGGUUGCCCAAGCCAUGGGCUCCCAGUCUUAUUACCAGUUACCCUAUGGCUCGUACGGGACCAGCCAAUCAGAAAGCAGCCCUCUGGUAGUUACCCUGGCAACAGGGGAGCUGGACCUGGCCAGCUUUUGCGGUGGUCCCAUCAACAGAACCAAAAUUGCACGGCCGGCCCCGUACAGCUACCACCACCGCUACCACCACAACAACAGCCGGCGGCUGCUGGGCGAGAGCGUGAAGGUCGGGGAGGAAGUGGAGACGUGGGGCUCCAGGGGCUGUUACUCAGGGAGCGCAGAGUUGUCGGUCAACCACUACUCCACACUGAAGACCGUCAGCAAGAACAGCAUGGGCAGCGUGAAGAAGGUCCGAGAAUGUGCGUUAUCGUUGAAGGAAGAGGAAAGUUACUGCUUCUCAGAGGGAAUGUUUUGUAGCGAGGAGAUUGCGCGAGGUUUCUGUCUGGGUGGCUCGUACGACGGCCACCACAAGAGGGAGGCACAGCUGAUGCACAACGUGAAGGUAAGUUACGACGGCGCGGGGCUGGAGGUCCUGCACUGCAGCAAGGAUGGAGGACUCUCUGGAAGCAUCCCCCAAGAGACAAUGGUGGCCGGGGACAGCUACUUCCACCAGUCCAUGGGCGGCUCGGAGCCGUACCACAGCUUUAUAGGAGAGCUGGAGCAGCCGGCACAAGCACAGGCUGUGGAGCCCCAACAUGGCCACUACCUCUAUCCAGAAUGCCUUGCAGACCAAAGCUACGAAUGUCUGUCCAGAGGGGAGGGCGACGGGCCACUGAUGGGACCCCCCAUCCACCGCCCCACCCAGCGGUUAAAGGAUGAGCCCUGCUCCAUCAAGCCGUCCCUGGUGAUGGGGGCAGCGUCUCUGGAUGCCAGCACCGGAGAGAGGAAGCAGAAGAAGAGGGACCAGAACAAGACCGCUGCCCACAGGUAUAGGCUGCGUAAGAGGGCGGAGCUGGACUCUUUGGAGGAGGAGCUUCACGGCCUCGAGGGGCAGAACCGUGAGCUCCGUGAUAAGGCCGAGUCUGUGGAGCGAGAAAUCCAAUACGUCAAAGAUUUACUGAUCGAGGUGUACAAGGCUCGCAGCCAGCGCCUCAAACAGGAUGGCAGUGCCUAAAAGAAGAAGAAGAAGAAGUAAAAGCGCCCACGCUGACCUCAGACCUGCAGCCCUCCCAACAAGCACCAAGAGAACCACGUCCAAACUGGUUUUUGUCUCGACACAAAUGAAACGGUAGUUGCAUGAUUCCGAUAGUUCUUUAAAAAAAGGUCAGGGACGGUCAAAGAAAAGGAAAGUUUUCCGGAGAACGAAGGAAGAAGCGAAGUGUUUAAUGGGUGACUAAACUAUAAGAAGCCUUAGAGGUGACCUAAGGAGAGAUGCUGAACUUGUCCGUGACCACUGUGAUCCGAACUGUUCUCACAGCCUCCUGGUGACCCAGUUUGAGCUCGCGAUGAUGGAUUAUUUACAAAAUGCUCUUGAAAUUAUCCAUAGUGAUUGAUUUUGCUUGUUGUUUCUGUGACACGUCGGCCACAUCGAGGCAGAUACAUGCUAAAUAUAUAUUUUGAUUUAUUUUUUAUUUAAUGCUAAUUUAUCAUUUGCUUCAAACUGAAUAAAAAAAGUGUGACAAAUAGUCAUUACUGGAAACAUUUAGAGAAUUUGUAUUGCUGAACAGUUGAGUACGUCCACCUCUUUCACUGAGUAAUGCAUGUUUGAUUUUGGAAACGCAUGUGCGAGUGUUGUUCUGUUACCUGCAUGGCUUCAAAAUCAUCAGUUUUACUGAGUUCACCUUAAGUUUCCCCUCAGCUGGUGACGUUUGUCCUGGUGGGUGUGAUCCACGCUCAGGGUUUGGUGUCCUGCUCUGACAAACACACACAUGUUCACUGGCUUUAUUUUUCUCCUGCCCCCUCCCUCUCUCUGUCUCAACUGUACCUUUUGCGAACAAACAAUCACCUGUUGACACAACAAUAAAAUGUUGGGUGACGGUACGACUUCCUGGAAAAUUCUUUUCAAUCAGUUUGAUGUUUCUGAAAUUCAGGACACUUUAAUAUUUGAUGUCAGGAAAUUAUUCAUCAGGUAAAGGACAGCCAAAUAAACCAGUUACAUCACUCA